UGUAACAACGUUUCACACGAGAGUGGAGGUCAACAACGCUGUCAGGAUUUUUAUCAUUUAGCUAAAUGAUUGAAAUAGAUGUAUAAACUUAGCUACAUUGUGAGAUCGGUUCUGGCCAAUUUAGUCAAAAGAAUAUGCUUCUGUUUUGUCCAACAUGUGGGAAUGUGUUGAUUGUAGAGGAAGGACAGAAGUGCUAUCGAUUCGCCUGCAACACAUGUCCGUACGUGCAUAACAUUACUAGGAAGGUAAACAACAGGAAGUAUCCCAAACUGAAAGAGGUUGAUGAUGUGCUUGGUGGAGCUGCAGCCUGGGAAAAUGUGGAUUCCACGCCAGAAAAAUGUCCCAAGUGUGAGCACCCCCGAGCAUUCUUCAUGCAGAUUCAGACCAGAUCUGCAGAUGAACCGAUGACAACGUUCUACAAAUGCUGCAAUUAUGAGUGUGGACAUCGCUGGAGGGACUAAACUGGUGUUCAAUUGGAUCUCUACCUGAGAACACUAGUUGAGUCAGCUAACCUGGUUUUAUAGUGUAUGUGCUGUAGCCAAAUCUUCUGUUGUCAUGCCAGACAGCUUUGGCAUAACAGUGAAUAAACAGGAGUUUGCUAAUAGCACAAAUAGACUGGACCACAUGGCUACUAGUUGACCACACCAUUGGCGCUGAGCUUGUUGGUGAAAAAGUAGCAAGAGUUGAUGUAAUAUACACUUCCACCAAAUAUGCUUUAUACACAAGAGUAUGUCCUUGCUUUAUUCAGCAUUGCGAUUAGUUAACUUAUCUUUGUGUUUCCUAUUACAUUCAGAAGUCAAUUGCACUUCCAAUUUAUAGCUGAAGAUACAUAAUUUGUGUUUGAGUAGUUGCCAAAUGUUUAUUUUAUUUCUCCUAGAUUUGUUUUACAUACUAUAAAAAUUACUUUGUGUUUUUGGAUUGAAAGAGUGACUAUCUGACGAAUUACUAAUAACAUCACAAAUACUGGUUUGUUUUGUUAAAAUAACUGCACUGUAUGCAACAGUAAUGACCCAACUCAUCAUUUAGAUGUACAUUAGACAAUUAUUUAUUUUUUUGAGGGGGCAACAGACCAACUACAAAGACAUUCAUUGUGUUCAAAGUUAAAUACAAUCCUUAAACUCUGCUUUUACUACAUGUUCUUACACAGCCUCAAGCCACUUCACACUGCAUGUAGAGGAUUCAAGAGUGUACAAAGUUAAGAGACCAGCCUGUGAAACGUGUCCAUAAGAAUGCAUGUACAUGCAGACAUACUCCACCUGCCGUCAGUGUUUACUGUAUAUAAGCAUGCUGGUUAUUGGUAGUAUUGAGACGAGACUCAAAUGAAGCAGACAAAAGAUCUUGCAUACCAUACAUUGGCCUGGAUCAAACACAAUAUGAAGCAGAUGAUAACAUUACUUGAAUCUGCAUUCAAGAUUACAUUAUUUCAGCCAAGACUUGGUGACGAACUUGCUUUUGUACACCUGUAUCUCUAUGGCAUAUCAGACUAACAUGCAUCAGAGCAAUAGUGAUCAAAGCUAGACAAGGAACACUAAAGAGAAAGAGCAGAUUGUGGCGUUGAGACCUUAACUUUGCUUGAACAGAUGAUGUAGCAGGUUUAUGCACAGAAAUGCUGAAUACGAAAGAAUGUAUUUGAAAUGAGGUUGAAUGUGAAGGACAUUCUGUUUAUCAUUAAAGAAAUGAUGUAACCCAUCAAAAAAGGUAGUAAAACACUGACGAGGGGAAAACCCUGGAUGCACUCUACUUUAAUUAUUCCCUCUGAACAUCAACUGACAGACAUGACCAGUGAAAGGAUCAUCUGUUUUGGAUUGGGCAGGACAGAGUAGUGUGGGCCAGCAGCACAGAUUGACACACAUUGGCCUCGUGACACAGACUGGACACAUGGCCUGAGAGAGGAUGAGUGCACAAAAUUACAGUGAUAUCAUGCAGAGCGCUUCAUCAUUCUAAUGUGCCCCUCCAGCAGAGCGGAUUGGACACUGCCCGCCAGGUCGGCUUCGCUCCGUUCCCUUCCUAUAUGGAAAAUUACAAGGAAACCUGUUUUUUCAGUGUGGACUGAUAGAUCAACUAGAAAAUCUCGGUCUCUGACAUGUGCAUGGUUAUGGUGCUCGGUGACUGCAUGGAUGUUGAAGCUCAAUGUAGCCCUGCAUCAGUGACAGGUGAUGUGUUUGUGGAAAGUACAGGAUUAUGAGUAAAGAUCAGGUUCACUCAGACACUUAAUUUGACACCAAGCCACAUGUAAAUUAUCCUUAAUAUGUCAUAGUCCAAGUUGUUGACAAAAGCCUUACAAAAACUAGCUAGUCUCCUUAC